GGGCUUUUCCUUUUCUUGUUGGAUUUGGAUUUACUGUGGGUUUUAGCUCUUAUUAAUCACCAUCUUCCUCUCUGUAUCUCCUGAAUACCAUCGGCUUUCAGGAUUAGGGUUGGCGUCUUUCUCUCCCGUUUCUUCCACUUCAAUCCCCUGGAAGCAGGAAAGCGCGAAGCUUUAAAAUUAGUUGAAAGGGAAUUUUAGAUUUUGGAAAUUGUGAGGGGAAAAUAUGGCUGAAGGGAAGGGAGGGGAUCAGAUGGAUCAUUUUCAUAGAUACCUUUCAUUUUUAUUUUUGCUUCUUUCUUUUUAUUCUCUGAUUGCUUCUCUUUGGGUGCUUGCAGGUAAGGUUACAACAGCUGUUAUUUUUAAUCUUACAUGAUAUGAAGUUGGUAUGCAAGCAGAGGUGUGGGUAUGAAGAAGAAAACCACUUACUGGAAACAGGAAUGGCUUGUGGUUAUGGUUGUUGAAGGGAUGUGAUGGUGAAUGGUCAUAUAUAAAGCAUUAAUGGAGUCGAAAAGGAAACCCAGCUGAUGAAGUAACCCGGAAAAUCCUUUUCCUUCCUAUAAAGUGUCGGUUGAUUCAUGCAAUUGGCGCCUUCAUCAUCUCAUUUCUCUUAUCUCCAUUCUUUCAAGUCUAAAAGAAGAAAAACAAAACACUUGUUUUCUCUUCUGAAAUGGAUCCGACACCGACGUCCGAUAACCGACCUGAAAUCUGUUUUUUCGAUUUGGAGACCACCGUCCCUCAGCGGCGCGGCCAAGGCUACUCCAUUCUCGAAUUUGGUGCCAUUUUAGUUUGCCCCAAGAGGCUCCUUGAGCUCCACAGCUACUCCUCUCUGGUCCGACCCGACGACCUCUCUCUUAUUUCCCCUGCCUCUGCGCGCUGCAACGGUAUCACUCGAGAAGCCGUCAUUUCGGCACCUUCCUUUUCUGAAAUCGCCGACGAAGUUCACGACCUUCUCCAUGGAAGGGUUUGGGCGGGUCAUAAUAUAGUGAGGUUUGAUUGCGUGAGAAUAAGGGAGGCGUUCGAGAAGAUUGGUAGGGCGGCGCCGGAGCCUAAGGGAAUUAUCGAUUCAUUGGCGUUGUUGACUCAAAGAUUCGGAAGGAGAGCCGGUAAUAUGAAGAUGGCAACUCUUGCCAAUUAUUUCGGGAUUGGAGUGCAGUCACACAGGAGCUUGGAUGAUGUUCGCAUGAACCUCGAAGUUGUCAAGUAUUGUGCAACCGUUUUGUUCCUGGAAUCAAGUCUCCCGGAUAUACUCACAUGGAACCCGCAGGGUUCCCCGAUAUCACCUAGUAGUGAUGAUGGCAAGUCAUCUCCCGAGCAACCUAGUCCAAACAUGCACACCCUUUCUUCAAGUCCAACUUCAGAAAAUGUUCCAAAUCUAUCUCUGGCAGGUGUAGGAAAUAGUGAACACCAUCCUAGAAUAUCUCUUCUGACUCAUCACAUAGGAGGGGCAAAUGCUGAUGUGUCUAAUCCGGUUCAACCGGAUCCUUUCAACAUGAGUCUACUCAGAAACAAAAUAGAAACCGAGGCCCUUCAAUCAGAUGUCACCAUGGAAGAAAAAACUGAGCAAGAGUCUCAGGACAUAGAUAUUGCUGAAGGUAGCAGUAGUUAUGCAGGGUUCUUAGCACUUGAUGAAGUUUCUCUUAAUUCUAUUAAUGCAUCUCUGGUCCCAUAUUACCGUGGCACCCAACGAAUAAAACUGUUGCACGAGAAUGUUGGUCUGCAACUCUUUUGUCCUUGUUUGAGAGUGCGGUUUGGAGUCGAUGGGAAGUUUCUUGAUCAAGGUGGCUGGCCACGUUUGAGCUUCGUAGUUGAUGCUUCUCUGAGUUUAUGCAAGAUUCUGAAUGCUUGUGACAAUGCUGCCAAAAGAAUUUUCGAAGAUUGCGAAAGCAGUUCCGAGUGGAAGCCUAUCAUGGGUAUAAAUUAUCGUUACAUCAACAAUCCGACCGUGAGACUGCACAUACCGACUGUAGUCAACGGCAAUAUCGCUCGCUAUGCUGCUGAGAUUCAUCAGAAGGAUAGCUCCGGUACUGUGCAAAAGCUCGUAUUCAGCAAAUUUGAUGCUGCAGAGCUUGGUAACUUAAUCAGAGGUGGGAUCUUUGUGGAUGCAUUCUUCAGCUUGGAUACUUAUGAUUAUCUGCAGAAUGCGGGCAUCAGAUUGGUGGCCAAAAAAUUGGUUAUACAUUCAAAUUAGGGUGAUUGAUCCAUUUCAGAUUGUUUCCAGAUAUGUAAUAGCACUGUUUAUGCUAAAUCUGACUCAUAGAUAUGAGUUGAUUUCUCUCAUUCAUAGCUUCAGAAUGACAUAGGGCACUGAUAAAAAAAAGAUUGAUAUUGUAAAUUUAUGAUACUGUAAUAAUUGAAUAAUUAUUGCUAAUAAUUGAAUAAUUUCAUUUUUUUUA